UUGUCAAACAGCCUUUGUACAGACAAAAAGUUAACAAGGCAGGCCGUUUAGAAUGAAAAAAACACUAAAGAAAAAGAACUUGACAUUACAACAUAGUAAUAAAUCGUGUUAAACAUCUCAUAUUUUGGAAAAAACUUAAAAUAACUCAAGAUGUCAAGCGUCGUCUAUCGUGAGAUAUCAUCGUCAUCAUCCUCGACGUCCGAGACCGAGGGUUCCGAGUCUCCACAGAUUUCGGAGCCAACUGAACUCAAGCAUGGAACAUCUAAUGAGGAUUACAAUAACAAUAAUGACAACAACAACAAGAAGUAUAUUCGUAAGAUUAUUGGUAUUGAGGAAGAUGAUGCUAACAAUAUAACAUCGAUGGAACGUAAAUGGAAGUUUGGGCCUGCGGCAUAUCGCAGUAAAUCGGCUGGAACGGGAAGAGUGGCAGCUGGCGGGGAGAGUAUGCAUCUAGAUGAGGAGGAGGAUGAGGAUGAGGUGUCCGUGGAUUACGAAUGCGGCACCGAUGAGAUGGAUGCGGUACAAGUCGACGAUGAAACAGCUGAUGAGAGCAUGAUCUACGAACCCGAUAACAGCGAUGACAAUAACAGCGAUAACGCUAACAGCGAUGACAAUAACAGCGAUGACAAUCGCAGCUAUGACAUUGAUAACGAUAAUAACGAAAUCGUUAACGAUAGCAACGCUAGCGAAACCGAUAACAACGAUAGCGUUAACAACGCUACCGAUAACAACGAAACCGAAAAUAACGAUAGCGAUAACAGUGAUAUCGAUAACAAUGACAACGCCGACUAUAACGAAUACGGCGACGAUUCGGAUUAUGCCGAGCAUGAUGGUAACAAUACCACUGAUAAUAUACAAACUAUCGAUAACAUUGAAAGCAUCGAUAACACCGAUGACAUGAAUCAGGACGAUGAUGAUACCGGCAACACAACAAUGGCCUAUGGUUGCGAAAGUCAAACCGAAUAUCGUCCCGGGGGUUAUCAUCCCGUUUCCAUUGGAGAUUGCUUCCAGCAACGUUAUUACGCCAUUAAAAAGAUUGGCUGGGGGCAUUACUCGACAGUGUGGUUAUGCUACGAUACGGUAAUGAAUCGCUAUAAUGCCAUCAAAUUUGUUAAGUCGGCGGAUCUUUAUUCCUAUUCCGCACGCCAUGAGAUCAAGUUGUUGAAACGUCUAGACACUUUCAAUAAUCAUCCAUUGCGUCGCCGUGUUGUGCAUCUUUUGGAUAGCUUUACGACAAGUGGCAUAAAUGGAACCCAUCAAUGUCUGGUAUUUAAUGUGUUCGGUGAUAAUAUGCUGAUGUUGAUACAACGUUCCGAAUAUCGUGGCUUACCACUCUAUAAUGUCAAACAGAUUGCUCUACAGGUGCUACAGGGUUUACUUUUUUUGCAUCUGACCGGCAAAAUGAUUCAUACCGAUUUGAAGCCCGAAAAUGUUCUACUUGUGACUGAUGAUAUACCAUUGCGUACUUGGGCAAAUGAGUCAUCCAAGAUAUUCUUAGAACGGAACGUAGGACGUUUGAUCUACGGUAAUCAGGAUGAUGAUGAUGAUGUAGAAGAUGAAAUUUAUGAUCCUGCCAAACGCAGGGCUGCAGCUCGAUUCUUUCAAUCGCAUCGCAAACUGUUGAGGGAUCGUGGCCUUAACGAUCUUCGUGUGCUCGCCAAGCAUGGACUUCUUACCAAACAACUGGCCAUUGAUGCGGUUCAGGGCGUCUUACCCUUUAUGCCCUUCGAGGGACCGAUUAUAUUGAGUGAUAAGGAUUUACGCAAAUGUAAUCAGAGUCUGAUGACCGAACAGGUGGGAGAUACGCUGGCCGAGAACAAAGACCACAUGCCAUCGGAUUCCGCUGAAACCGAAACCGAAACCGGGGAACCACCGCAAUUCGCUGGACAAAAGCGCAGUUCCCCGGUCAAGAAGGAAAGCAAGGCCUUGAGAAAACUCAACAGCAACUUGGAGAAAUUUAUGCGAUAUGCCAUUAAACGUGUGCGCAGGGAGGAAAACGAAGACGCCAUUGGACCAUAUCAUGCAGUCCAUAAACGCAGCAAGUUGAAGAAAUCGAUGAAAGCCGGUCAUCGUCACAAGCAUCCCAAUACAUCGACAUUCAAAUCGUUAUCGCGCAAUCAGGAUAAUCGAAACGAUAAGCCAAAUUUGAAAUACCUCAAUGACAAGGAUCCGGCUCUGGAGCCCUGUAAAUUGAAGGUCGUGAUUGCCGAUGUUGGCAAUGCCUGUUCCAUCUCAAAUCAUAUAACCGAGGAUAUACAAACUAGAGAGUAUCGCGCCGUUGAGGUUAUUUUGGGUGCCGGUUACGAUACAACUGCGGAUGUUUGGAGUGCUGCCUGCUUAAUCUGGGAAAUGGCUACCGGGGAGUAUCUCUUUGAGCCAAGUAAAUGGCGUGGAUCAGCCUCGCCCGAUGAGGUUCAUAUUGCGAGUAUUAUUGAGACAUGUGGACCGAUUGAUCCAAAGGUCAUUGAUCGUGGCAGAUAUUCGGAUGAGAUCUUUGAUGAGAAUCAACAACUUCAUAAUAUCAAGAAAUUGACAUCACGUUCCAUGCGCAAAGUGCUCGUUGAGAAAUUUAAAUGGGCCAAAAAGGAGGCAAAGGAUUUUGCCAAUUUCCUUAAGCCAAUGCUAGUCACCAAUCCAGAUAAUCGUGUUUCGGCUUUUACAGCCCUGUUGCAUCCCUGGCUAUAUGUUAAUCAUGACACGCAAAAAUAAUUGGACUUUCUUUAUUGUUGAUUUCAUAUGGAAAUAUUUACAUUCACUUACAUCAACAAGUUUAUAGAACUCAAUUAUAUGUGCAAUUACAACACCACAAUAAUUAUAUACAUAUAUAAUUACAUAUUUAUGUAAUACGUGAACAUAUAGACUGAACACCUUUCGCAUUAUUAUGUAUACAAUUUAUGUAUUUCAAGUUUGAAUUUCAAACGUUAAUAAAAUCGCGCUUCACGCAUUACACAA